UAUGUGUUUAGAAGCCGAAGCAAAAGUAACAUUUGACCAUCGUAUAAUAUUUAUUUAUCUUAUUCUCUAUUUCAUUAUUCUCUACUCAUUUUCCUAUCAUUUUCUAUUUUCCCUUUUUUUCCUUUCUUUUCUGCUUAACUAGAGAAACAAAAAAAAAGUUAGAAAAUCAAAUUUGGAAUUCAAUUCACUGCCGCCAUCUAUUAAAUAAGUCUACAAGUUAUGGUCGAAAUUGGUUUAGGUCAAGUCAAAAUUGCAUGAGCAAUACGGCAAAGCCAUAUUCAACAAGACCAAGAAUGUUUGACCAGUUUGACUGAUAACAUUAAUUAGCAAAAAUGGUUGAUGAAUCGACUAGAAAAACUUUAAGUAACAUUCCACUAUUAAAAACAAAGGCGGGACCGCGAGACGCUUCUUUAUGGAGUCAAAGAUUAAAAGAAGAGUACCUGUCAUUAAUAAAAUAUGUGGAAAAUAACAAACAAGCUGAUAAUGAUUGGUUUCGUUUACAAUCCAAUGAACAAGGCACUAAAUGGUUUGGAAAAUGUUGGUAUAUUCAUAAUCUACUGAAGUAUGAAUUUGAUAUUGAAUUUGAUAUCCCAGUAACCUAUCCUACAACUGCUCCUGAAAUAGCAUUGCCUGAACUUGAUGGAAAAACUGCUAAGAUGUAUCGAGGCGGUAAAAUUUGUUUAACUGAUCAUUUUAAACCUUUAUGGGCAAAAAAUGUACCCAAAUUUGGUAUAGGUCAUGCAAUGGCAUUAGGACUUGGCCCAUGGUUGGCUGUGGAAAUUCCAGAUCUUAUUGAAAAAGGUGUAAUAAAACAUAAAGAUGAUGCACAGCAUGCGUAAUUUAUAACUAACUUUAUAUAAAAAUAUUGUAAAUAAUGUUUUAUGAAAGAUAUAUUUAUGAUUCAUCAGUUAAAACAAAAGAAAAACUUUAUUUAUAAAAUGAAAUAAAUUAUUUUUUGUCACUUU